AUUGUUAGUGAAGUUGUUUGCUCAGGAACUACCCAAGAAAUUAGCGGAACCACUAAACCAGAUAAUGGAGGCUGACCCUUCUGCUGCGACAGCUCUGACUUUGUGCCACAUAAUGUGAACUUUUUAUUUCAAUUGCCUGGGGUCUGUGCUAAUCUUUCUGAACAGAGUAGGAUCUUAUGGAUGGCAGAAAUUAGCCCGAAAUCAGGGACCAACACAAGUGCAACAAAACAAAGCAGAGAUUAUUUAAAAAAAUAAAACAGCUUGUGAUUUGCAAGCAUGACAGAGUAGGAAACCACAGAAUGUCUUUCUGCUCUUCUGGAUGAUAUACAUACAGACAAUAAUGCUCCUGUAAGGAUAUUUUUCUACAUGCAAAUUCCUUGUGCAUACCCUGGGAGCUUCAAACAUUUAGAGCUGCCUCUGUCAGAAAACUAUCAAAAAUGGAUAGGUGGUGACAAUUUUUCUAUCUUGAUUCAUGGCCUAUAAACAGGGAUAGAAAGAAGAUAAAAAUCUAUAUGAUCAGCAUUAUGUGGGGAGAGCCCAGUUAUUCAGCCCUUGUAUUCUACAUUUAAAUAUAUCCAUUAGGAAGAUUUAUGGAGAUACAUGAAACAUUUUCAGAAAAACUUCACUGGCCUGAGCAAGAGCUCUCUAAAAAGUCAGUCUUAAAUCCAGAAGAACAUAAACUGAUCAAGAAUGAAAGCUGUCUUCAGCACCUGUCCUCUGGAAUCCUUAAGGAUAUUUUCACAACAGGAACCAGCAGCUACAAUGUCCUUCUGCAAAGUAAAGAGGAGAAAAAACACCUCUCCCAAAAGCUGUCAUCUACCCACUACAAGAGGCACAGAAAGUCUACCAAGUCUUCUGCUACCUCGCGAGGCAACGAGUACCGCAAGAUCAGAGUCCCAUUACCCUUGCUCAGCAGUGGCUGGUAUUGCACAAACAGGCAGCCAUCCAUCUUUAUCGCUAGCCCCGUGUCUAGCAGUGUAAAGUUUACACACAGUAUUUCUGUUGCAGGGAACAGCAUAGGACUGCCAUCUCGACCCAAAAGCAAGGCUAAGAGGCAUUAUUUUUCUAGUAUGACAAAGACAAAGCAGCCUCAGUUGUCAAAAAGCCAUGAUAAAGAAAUAGAUGUCUCUGGCCGAAAACUCUGUAUACUAACUGCCAUCAAGCCCUCCAAUGUGGAAAAAGAGAAGAUUAAGUUCUUCAAGUCCGAUUUUACCUAUAAUCCUCAAUUUGAAUAUGCAAAUCCUGCAUUGCCAAACGUGUUAGCUAAGCACAGUCAAGCAUCCAACAAGUUUCUUAAACAGUCUAUCAAUAUUAUGGAACGGACAUUGCAGAAAUAUGGAAGCUAUGAAAAGUUUGAGCAAGCCACCGGAGGCAGCCUGCUGCCAAAAAGUCGCAUCUGGAAUCACGUCAGGAAAUACAUGGUGAAAGAAGGCUGCCUUGGUGAGAUUGUAGUUCAUCUCACUGAGGACCUGCUCUCUCGUGCCUCAAUGACAGUGGUGAAUGGCCGCCCAACUCUGACUAUCAAUGUUUCCACUGCACGUGAACACUGGCUAGAAGGGAUGCUGAGGCAUGAAAUAGGAACUCAUUAUUUUCGAGGUAUUAACAACAACAGCCAGCCUUGGUGCAACUGGAAUGGACGUAAAAAGCUUGGGUUAAAACCAAUCAACCCUACCGAGGAAGGCCUAGCCAGUAUUCACAGCGUCCUGUUCCGAAAAGACCCCUUCCUGUGGCGGGCUGCCCUUCUCUACUAUACUGUCUAUCAAGCUAGUCAAAUGUCCUUCAGUCAACUCUUCCAGGAUGUGGGGAGGUUUGUCAAGGACCCCAACACUAGGUGGGAUUACUGUGUACGAGCCAAGAGGGGGUGGACUGAUACUUCCCAGCCAGGCUGCUUCAGUAAGGAUCAGGUAUACUUGGAUGGCAUCCUCCAAAUCUUGAGAUACAGGGAGUCUAUCGAUUUCCACUUACUGAUGGCUCUUGGAAAGGUCUCUUAUGAGGAUGUGGAUCGCUUGAAAGAGUUUGCUGUGAUCGAGAACAUGAGAGUCCCACACUUCUUGCAGGACCCUGUCAGAUACAUGGAACACUUGGAAAAGAUCAUGGAGGUCAAUGAACUGACCGAUGAAGAGCUCCAGGAUCUCAUAUUUUAACCAUCAGUCAUUCCCUUUUACCUGAAAUCUGUUCUGUUUGCCAGUUAUACAGUACUGGACUUCACCACAGUCCGCAAAAAUUGAAUGAAAUAACUUGGUUUUGUAUUCUGCCAAAAGUCUAGAAUAUUUAGCUCUGUUAAUUUUUUUAAAAAAAGAAAAAAAAUACAAACCUCAGACUAUCAAUUCAGAAAUGUUUCUUUGAAGAAAAAAAGUUCUUUGAGAUAUAUGGUUUUUUAAAGGGUUUGUGCCUCUUCCAAAUUAAAUUAUGUAUUGAACAUAGACACAUUGUUCAUUAGGAGUUCCCCUAUGACUGGUCAGUCUUAUUGCCCCUUACAUGUUUGGUACGCUGAACAGAAUAAUUUGAAAUGUCUCACUUCCAUGAUAUUCUAAAAUCUGCUGUUUAUUCUUUCUAAUGUCUGUGAUUUGUAAUUUUUCCCCUUGGCUUACUCACAUUGGCCUCAUUUCUGGUUACGGCCUUCACAGCAACCCCCUAGAGCAGCAAAAUUGUGGAACUACUAUAGACCAUUCCACCAUCGUCUUAAUUGUACCCCAUUGUAUACGGCUUCCCUCAUUGUAAGAUCACAAUGAGCAGAGACGUUCUCUUGCACGACAGCAUUAUAGUUUGGAUGUGCUAUAAAGGAUGUGCUAGGUAGAGGUGAUUGCCACACUUUACUUUUCAAGUAGCAGCAAUUGAUGUGGCUAUUUGAAUGGCUGUACACAAGCUAUAAAGUUGCCCUCUUCAUCCCAAGAGGGGUUUGCUGUUGUGGCGUUUAAUAUAUAUAUAUAUUCCACUCACUGAAGUGACAGUCCUCCUCUUGCUUGUACAGUUUGUUUCAGGGGGAUGAAUUGUAGAAAGGGCCUUUUCUUUUUUUGCCCUUCAAGAUCCAUUUAGAAUGUUUAGCAAAUCAAAUUAAUUAGUCGUUUGGAAGGAGGACUGGGCUGAACCGAGAGUUUUCUGACUGAUGUACGUAAUGCGUCCAGCUACAGGGCCUCAUUUCAUUUCAAAAAGAAAAAAACCCAACCCCUUGCUCUAGUACCUGAACCCUUUGCGGGUUUGGUAACUUGGAGUGGCUUAGGCCUUAGUGCUGCAAGGAGCUCUGCCCUCAGGGAGCUUACUGUAGAACUUUAAUGGAGGCCGGUGGGGACAAAAUUCACAAGUGCCCUAUUCCACUAUUCAAGUGAAGUGCUCUGACACAUCGGAAGCAUCGUGGACUCCUUUUUACAUUUUGGUGCCAUACAAAAGCAGUAGCAAAAGCACGCCACUGUAGUGUAUCUAUUCAAAGUAACAACUUAGGCAAGACAAGAGAGUUGUUCGCUUCAGAGACCACAUUUUCUGAGUCCAGAGUAUUACGAAAGCGCGACUUGUGGCUCCCGAAUACAUGCUGACUUGAGCUUUGCAUCAAACGUAUUGGACGGACUUUUAAUUCCGAUCAUUUUACCAAGGCUAAAUGAAGCCAUUAGCACCAUGUGCCUCUGGAGGAGUCCCAGAGUCCCAAUUCCUUCUCUUGUGCCUAUAGAGAAUGGGGGCAGGAGCAGGAAAUGGCAGCCUUGAAAAGGAAGCCACAUAGGCUGAGCGCUGCUGGUCAGUGUGUGGGAUGAGGGAGAGAAUUGGAGCCAAAGUUAUGCUUGCCUGCUUGGGGGAGGGAGUAUUGGCUGCAAUCUUCCUCCCAUCCUGGAGAGCAGGAGCUGCCUGUGAUGUGUGGAGCGCUAAUGCAGACACACCGGAGUGGGGGGAGGUAGGGAAGAGGAAGAAGAUCUUAUUCCCUGGCAUAACUGCAUCUGGCAAAUGACAAUCCAGCCCCUGGCAUCGACUUGUGUGGAACUUAGUGGUCUCUGAUUAAGAAAUGGAGUAAUCCCCACACCCUCUGACUUUACGCCAAAUACAAGGGCGUCCAUUCCAGAUUUUAAAUUUAACAACAUUUUGUGAGCAAUGAGAGGAAAAGAAAUCUCACCAGGGCAAGAGGUUUUGACACUUUCAAAUAACCCAUAAAACCAGCUGCCUUUAAAGCAGUAUUACAGGUUUGUGCAGUGGUGGCUGCUUGCUUGAGAACAGCAAAGCAUUUGAGCUGCUCCAAUACGCAAAUGUGCUGAUUUGAGUGUUUUACAAAAUAUGAAAAAAGAACACCUCACGGUAGCCUUAAUUUUGUAUUGUUUAGCAGCUUGAAACUCUUUUAAUCUCUGCAUUGUAGUGAGUGAAUCUUCUCCUAUGCCCCCAAAAUAUCAAUAGAGAUGUACCCAUUACAAAGAUAGCUCCCCCAAUUAUCACCCCUAAUAUCAUUAUCCCAAAAUAUCAGUGACUUUUCCUAUGCCCCCAAAAUACCAUUCUUAGCUGUGCCUGCCUAGCUUUGUUUCAAAGCCCUACAGGCAAACUGAGCUGCUGUACACCUGGUGGAAAUAUUUACAUUUCAGUACCAAGUAAUGCACCCCAACAUUCAGAAUCAGUCAACUCAUCUAUUUGGCUGUGAGCAACAGAAGCACAGAUAACACUUAUCACAUGUCAAAGGUCGGCCAUGAAGAUUUCAGGUAAAAUGCAUGCUUGUGGGUAAGUGGACUAAGAUCUGUGGAAUUACAUCCGGGAUGAAUUUGGCCCACUGCGUUGAAACAGAGGUACAUAUGUCCCAUUCUUUGUGAAAGGGCCAUAUGUUAGAGGUGAUUUUUUCUUAACGGAAAUAAUCCCUGCAUUCCCCAAUUGCUUCUGUGGUAAAUACAAGCAUAUGCUAAAGAAGCCCAAUUAUACUCAUGGUAAUAGUCUUGGAUAUUAUAUUUACAAUAAUAGUGUCUCUGAAAUAAUAAUAUUUAUCUGUUCCUGUGCUACAGACUAUGAUGUUUACAGCCCCUUCUCAACUCCUUGUCAUUACUACACUGUGGCUUUGCUGAUGUAAACUCCAGGGCCUUAUUUUUCUUCUUUAAAGUACCUGGUGUUUAUUUUCCCCACAGACCAAUCCACUUCUGCCAUUCUCUAUUAUGUGAAUAGGUGCGCUCCAGUACAACGUUAGAUUGCGGAAGCAUCAGUAUGAACGUGCCAGCAUAACAGUGCCAGACUUCUCCUGCCUCCUUUUGUGAUAGUGUUUCAGAUUUGUAAUGGUAGUUUUGUAAACCUUUUGAAAAUUUUAUUGUAAUGGACUGUUAUUGUCAGAGUAUUGAGGCUAUGUAAUAAAGUUUGUGGAUGAUA